UAAUGCUGAGUCAAAAAAAUUUAUUAGUUGGUGAUGAAGAUUUCAAUUUAAAUAAAUUUCGAGAUUCUUUGUAUCUUAGAAUAUAAAGUCCAAGCUAAUCAAAAUUAAGUAGUGUAAAAAAGGAAGAGAAUUCAGUUAAGAAAUCAACUAAGAAUUCAUUACAUACCGAUAUACAGCAUCGAAAAAGGUGAUUAAAAUUAUUAUUAAUAGUGUACCAUCAUUUGAUGAGUUAUUGAAAACAAUGAAUACAAGUAAUGGUCCUGUCUAAUAAUCAAAUGUUUCUAAUCAUAAAAGAAAUAUCACUGAUUCAUCUCGAAAGAUGAGUGGUAUAUAUAAUAAGAUUGAAUGUUUUGGAAAUAAUGAAGUUAAUUAAAUAACAAAAUUAUCAUAACCGUAAUAUAUUUAUAACAAAUUUAGAUUCAUUUCAAAUACACCUCUAACAAUAUCAAAUAAUUAACUACCAAAAAGGACUACCUUCUCGAGUAGUAUCACAGAAAAACCUGUUUUUUCAAAGGGAAAUGGGAAAUCUCUAAUGGAUAAACUGUCUUUAAAAGAGUUAAUGGAAAUUCGCAGUAAAAUAGAUAAUAGCACAUAAUCAGAGGUUCAUGAAUUAUCUGCAAAUUAUGUACAAGAACUAUUAAAAUUAUCUUAAAUAAUUAUGAAGUAAAUAAGGCAUAUAAAGCAUUGA